AUGGUAAUACAAUGCGUCGUUUUUAAAUGUUCUAACAGACAAGGAAGUAAAACCAAAGAGAAAGGUGUGAGUUUUUUUCGCUUCCCUAAAGACAGGAAGAAGAGAGCAGCUUGGAUUGGGGCCAUCAAUAGAGAUAACUGGUCUCCAAAUGAGUACAGCAGGGUUUGUUCCGAACAUUUUGUGGAAUCAUGGCACAGUGACGACCCUGCAGAUGAGAACUAUCGUCCAACCUUAUUUAAAUAUAAAAUAAAGCCAAAGUCGAAGUCGGAGACUGCCCGCAAUGCCAGACAUAGCAAAAGAAAUUUACUUCAGGAGUUAAAUGAGCAAGAGGAAAGAGAAACACAGACUCUACAGCAGCAUCUCAGGUUUAGCUUGUUUUCUCACAGCUAUUGUCACCAAGGAACAACAAAUGAAGAUAUCCCACCUUUUACAGACAGCUCUUGCAUAGAUUUACCUGUAGAUGAUGUUAACAUCAAGACUUUCAAAGAGAAAGGUAUGCAGUGUGACACUGACCCUUUGAUGGCAGAAAAUGACUCAUUAAAGAAACAGGUGAAAGACCUCCAAAUAGAAGUGAAGAAACAUAAAUGGAGUUUCCAGAAAAUUACAGAUGAUGAUUCCAAGACCCGCUUUUAUACUGGACUUCCAACAUUUGCUGUAUUCAUGUGGCUAUUCAGCUUUCUAAAACCAAAGGCAGAGAAAAUGAAGUAUUGGCUAGGGACAAGCACAGAUAUUUCUUCUGACCGCAAGAGAGCAUCAGCAGGGGCAUUGGAUUACAUCGAUCAGAUGUUUGCAGUUCUUAUUAGACUGAAGGUUGGACUCUUGACCAGCGAUAUUGCUGAACGAUUUCAAAUUUCAGAGGGUACUUUUUCAAAAUAUUUUUCUACAUGGAUCUGUCUACUGUGGCAAGAAUUGAAAUGUUUAAACCCUUUCCCGUCUCGAGAUAUUAUUCAAAGAACUAUGCCAUCUUCAUUUAAAAUCAGAUAUCCUUCAGUUCGAGUUAUCAUAGAUUGUACAGAAAUUUUUAUACAAAAAUCAUCUCGUCUUGACACCCAAAGUUUAACUUUUUCAAAUUACAAGCACCAUACCACUGCCAAAUUUUUGAUUGGUAUUAGUCCAUCUGGAGUUAUAACAUUUGUAUCUGAAGGUUGGCCUGGAAAAACAUCUGAUAGAGAACUCACAAUAUCUUCAGGUUUAAUUGAAUUGUUAGAUGAAAAUGAUAGUGUUAUGGCUGAUAAAGGUUUUACCAUUAGGGAUUUGUUGGAGAAAAAGAAAUGCAAGUUAAACAUUCCACCCUUUAGAGGAAGUGCACCACAGUUCUCUACGGAUGAAGUUUUUGAAACCCAAGAUAUCGCUUCUCUGCGUAUUCAUGUUGAGAGAAGCAUAGGCAGAGUAAAGAAUUUUCAUAUCUUUGAUGGUGUUAUGCCACUUACUCUUAAGCCUCUUUUGACCAAAAUGUUUCAAGUUGUAUGUUGGCUCACAAAUCUUGAUGUUCCUCUGGUAAAUAACUAAUUUGUCAUUGCUAUAUACAAUGUAUAACAAAAUUCAAUGUAUCAAAUUUUAAUUGGAAUACACUUAGUCUAGAUAUAUGAUGUAUAUUCAUUUUAGAUAUUGACAACAAUUUUCACACUAAUAUAAAAUUUUUCUCAAGACAGCUUGUCAUUGAAUUAUUAAAUUGUAACUUUCACACAAAGAAAGAAGAUUCCUCACAAAAUAUGAGGCAUCUUGCCAGGCAUUCCUACAAUGGAGAUAUCAGAGUAGACUAGAGUAUCCUGUAAUUAUUUUGAAAAUCUCUUGAAUUGCCAAUUUCACAAUUUGUGUUACUUUUAAAGAUAUUUUGAAAAUAGUUAAGAAAUCACUCAUACAUGUUAACAUUAUUUGGUAUCAUAAGUAAUGUAACCAGUAUUUAAUAUUUUCUUCUAUAAACUGAAUGAGAUGUCUAAAGGGGAGCAACUCUUCAAUUUUAAUUUUUGCAUAACAAUGUUAUAAAAAGGCUUUCAGUAUACAUAUGUAUUUGUAUAAUGUUCUUACAAAAAGGUUCAUCCACCGCCUGUAUAUCCUAACCUGUACAAAAAACCAUAAUAAAAGCUAUGUUUUAUAAACUAUAUAAUUCAAGAGAGCCUUAUCAACCUAUUGAUAUUAUCUGGAAAUUCUUUGAUGUACACAAAAUAAUGUCCAUUUCUCUAUUGGUUCUGAAGUACCUAUUGUGAGAAAAAUCUUAUGAUUGAAAUGAUGCCUUUAAAUCAUUUUGUAUUUUAAAAUGGAAAAGCCCAAUGAAUUACAUGCCAUUGGAUGGCAUUGGUUUCUGGAAUGAAAUGUUAAAAAUUACACAAAACAAAAUUUUUAGAAUACAUUUUGACAUAAUAUAAACUUGCAAUUGGUGUUGCUGGUUGUUAUAAUUCCAAAUGAUUGAAUUACUGUGUUCAAAAUAUUUUGAGUAUAGGAGGUUUUGUUUAUAUUUAAGGUACCUAAAAAAUGUUCUACACAAAAAUUAUGGAUUAAUCAUACUGACAGAGAGUAAAAUUUAAAAGGUCAUAAAACUCAAUUUUUCUUUAAAUUAUUUUUGUGUUAUAUGUUGAUCUCAUUUAUACUUUUAGCAGAUACCAUAUGUUUUGAACAGUAUACUACAUACUCAUGCAGUCUAUGAAGUUGAACAGAUUUAAAUGUAUGAAAAUAAAUAAUAUUUUGUUCUUUUAAAUCAAAUUUGAAUUUAUGUUACAAAAAAAUCCAUAACAGCAAGGAAUGUG